AUGGCUUCCGCGCGACGCGCUUCACUGCUCAACAAGCUCUUCGACUCUAUCGUACGCGGCGAGCAAACGAUCACCCUCGAUAACAGCGGCCACUACCUAGAGGCGCUCUGCACCCGAGACGCGCGCAAUAUUUUCGACACACUCAUCGCUACGCCCAAGACCCUUGACGCACUCCAGGCAGCGAUGCACGCUGAAUUGGGAUCCGAUAGGCUGAAUGGACACAACGCUCGCGUUCUCAUCCUCCUUCAAGAUCCAGCACUCGCCACAAUCGGUGGCGGCAAGCUACUACAGACGAUCCUGUUGAAGGUCGCGACGCCACAGUAUCUCCUCUUUGCCUACAGGGCUGCAUUGCUUGGAGGCGAACUAAAUGGGGAGGGGGAGAAGGCUUUCAGCGGGUUGUUGUGCCAGCUCGUCUCCUAUCGCGACACGGGCGCGAACUACCAUCCGUUGGUAGCGGAGACCGUUGAUACUCUGCUCGCUUCAACGUCACCCGCUGUUCGGGCCAAUGCGCAGAAGCUUCAGAGUCUCCUGUCACCCGCGCUCACUUUGAGCCCGGUGCUCUCUUCAGUCGUAAGCGGUCCUGGCGGCAGACACGAUAACGAUCCUGUGAACUAUCGCGAAGUCGACAUCCUUCCUACUCCCGACGAGCUGGCCUGCAAGAAGCCUCCAUACCUCCUGCCCUCCCUUGCUCUUGAAGAUGUACCCAACGACUCCCGCGCACAGGCCCAUAUAGAGAAUCAAUUCCGCUUACUGCGCGAGGACAUCAAGUACGAGUUGGUGGAAGAACUCGAGAAUCUUUCCAAGAAGAGGACUCCGCGUGGCUUCGCAGUUGAGGGUCUGCACCUCGUUGGCGUCUUCGGCAUCACCACAGACAACCGUGGCAAUGAGAGCUGCGCCAAGUGGGGAUUGAAGUUCGAGUGUAGCGAAGAUCUGCCGUUCUUCAAGAGCGCCAAACCGAAGAGGCGAAAGGCCCACUUGAUCAACGACAAGCGUCUCAUGCGCCACCAGUCACUUACUUGCCUGAUCCUCGAUGGCGCCGCCGUCGCCUUCCCCAUCCUUCACCGCGACGAGGAUCUCCUAUCGAAGACCAAACCCAUCAUCUGUCUCCAGUUUGAUGGCGAGAUCGCGACAGUACAUGCGCUCACGAUGCUCAAGUCGGCGAAGUCGGUCAAGGUCGUGCAAUUGGAUACCGCGAUCCUCGCGCAUGAGCCCGUGCUCAAGUCUCUACAAGCGAUGCGCCCUCCCGCACUAGCUCCCGAGCUCUUCCUCUGGGAUGACGACCCGCUCCAGCCGCCUCCAAAGACAGCGAACGAUCUCGUCGCUCAAUUGGAAAUGGAUCCCCAACUCGACAUCGGUGCUGCACUGGGCUUGGACAAGACAAUAACCUUGGACUCUGCGCAGACAGCGUCUCUGUUGACUGCCCUCAAGCAGCGAGUUUCUCUCAUACAAGGACCGCCAGGUUGCGGGAAGGGUUUCAUAGGUGCCUUAAUUGCAAAGAUCAUGCACGAUAGGACGGAUGCAAGGAUUCUCAUCGCCUGCUACACCAACCACGCUUUAGACCAGUUAUUAGAGGACCUGCUAGACAACAACGUCCCUGCCGACAGCAUGGUACGGCUCGACGGCAAGACUACGACACGUACGGCGCAUAUCCCCCUGUUCAAUCGGACCCGCGUAUCAGCACUCUCGCGGAACAACUUCGAUUCGGCUGAUGCCCUUCACAAGAAACUCUCCACUUUGGACUCGGACGUACAAGACGAGUUUGCGCGAUACCAGGCGGGAGCAUCGGACGACGACCUGCUUACUCACAUUGAGUUCGACAUAAACCUGAAAGACUACGCGGAGGCGUUCCGCGUGCCAGCUCCUGACGACGACACAGACGGGGUGUUCAAGAUCUCGGGGCGCGGCCGUGCUUUACACAAGUGCUAUUUGCUACGGCGAUGGAGGUCCGGGAAGAACGCGGGCGUGUUUCAGCGCCAUCCUCGCUUCAAUACAGGCAGUGCUGCUCGCGUCUGGCGAAUGCGGGUGAAUGAGCGUCGCGAACAUCUUCAGAUCUGGCAGGAGGACACGCUGCGCGACCAGGUUAAAGAGCUUUAUGACCGUGGGAAGCGGUACAACGACAUGCAGACGGUGCUUAAUCGCAUAUCCUGCGAACGCGACAUCAACGUACUCAAGUCGAAGCGCAUCAUCGCUUGCACAACCACGGCGGCGGCGAAGUACGCGGAUAUGCUUCACGAGGUCACGCCGGACGUCCUCCUUGUCGAGGAGGCGGGAGAGAUUCUUGAGAGUCAUGUUCUGGCGCUACUAGGCUCGGAGACUCAACAUAUGAUCCUGAUCGGCGACCAUCAGCAAUUACGACCGAAGGUGAACAGCCACGAGCUUACGGUGGAGAAGGACGCGGGCUUCGAGCUCAACGUCUCCCUCUUCGAGCGUCUGAUCUUGUCAGGCUAUCCGCACCAGUCUCUGAAGAAGCAGCACCGCAUGCGCCCGGAGAUAUCUGAGAUGAUCCGCCACUUGACGUACCCCGAUCUCGUUGACGCCGAGAAGACGCACGGGCGCCCAGACUUGCGCGGUUUCGACGACAACGUCGUCUUCCUCACGCACUCACAUCUGGAGGAUGAUCUCGGCGACAUCGCGGAUGCGCCCGACGGUGGCUCCAAGUUGCUGAAGCAGAACACGUUCGAGGUACAGAUGGUGCUGAAACUUAUCAAGUUCCUCGUGCAGCAAGGCUACGGGACAAAGAACAUCGCCGUACUCACGCCAUACCUCGGUCAACUGAGCAAACUCAAGAGUGCGCUUCAGGCAGAGGUAGAUCCUUACCUCAGCGAGAUGAACUUGCACGAUCUUUCACGCGCGGGUAUGGCGUCGUCUGCCAACGCGAAGCACAAGAAGAAGCCCUUACGACUCUCGACCAUCGAUAAUUACCAGGGCGAGGAGGCAGAUGUAGUCAUCAUAACCUUGACGCGCUCCAACGCAGCGAACGAUAUCGGUUUCAUGUUCUCGCCCGAGCGCCUGAACGUUUUGCUCUCGCGCGCACGCGAUGCAUGCAUCAUGAUCGGCAACGCGGAGACGUUCUGCAACUCACCCAAGGGCGGAGAGCUCUGGACCAAGUUCAUCAACUUCAUACGUGACCGCGGCCAUUUUUAUGAGGGCCUUCCCUUUCGUUGUCCACGGCAUCCUGACCGCACGGCGAUUCUGAGGAAACCAGACGACUUCGAGGAACAUUGCCCCGAUGGUGGCUGUGCAUCGCCGUGCGACGUGAUCUUAAGCUGUGGGCAACACAAGUGUCCGUCUCAUUGCCAUAAUGUGUCUGACCACAGCGGGAUGCGAUGCGAAAUGGUGCUCGACUGGACGUGUGCAAAGGGUCACAAGCAUCGUUACCAGUGCCCUGCCGGUCCGCCGGUGACCUGUGCUGAGUGUGGAAAGGAGGCGGAGCAGGAGGCCCAGCGCCUAAAGGAGUACGAACUACGGGCCAAGCGCGAAGGAGAGCAGAAGGAACACGAGCGUCAGAUGGGCGAGCUUGCGAAGCUUGAGGCGGAGCUAUUGAAGCAGCAAGAGCUCGAGCUCGCGCAACAGCGUCGCCAGGCGAUUGAUGACCUACGAGGAGAGCUCGAGAACGCCCGUAAGCGCACGGUUCAGAGCCAGACGGACAUCGGGCAAUCAGCGGCUUCUUCAACAUCAGUGGACGCGCCCGCCACGCCAACGACAAUUUCCUCUGACGCCAGCGCUUCACCUACGACUGCCUCGGGCGCAUCAAGUCCGUCGCCGGUAUCAUAUGCUCUGGAUAACGUCGACACAACUUCCGCGGAUGCACCCUCGACGCAUGACACAGGAUCAGUCUCGGAUUCUCAGGCCGAGGUGUGGGAUAUGAUGGGCGCGGGGUCGCCGCCCAGCAGCCCAUCGCCGGCGGGACAUGCCAGCCCCGCCGCGAUUGUUGCUCCCACAUCGCCAACUAUUCCCGCGAAUAUCCCCUCAACGGCUUCAACUUCUGUACUUCCCUCGGUGUCGCCCGUCUCGCCAACUCAACCCGAUUCAACGGGACUCUCUCAGCCGUUGCCCCCCUCCCCAUCGCGGCUCAAAUGGGAAAAGCAGAAAGAAAUGGAUGGCGCGUCCAAUAGGCAUAUUGACGAUCUCAUGGCGAUGACCGGGCUUGAGACGGUGAAGGAGCAGGUGCUGACUAUCCGGGACCGAAUCGAGCUCGCUAAGCGGCAAGACAUGUCGAUGAGCGACGAGCGCUUCAACAUCAGUUUGCUGGGAAAUCCGGGCACAGGCAAGACCACCGUCGCUCGCCUGUAUGCAAAAUUCCUGUCAUCUGUCGAUCUCAUUCCUGGCGACGCUUUUGUGGAAACCACGGGCUCUCGUCUGUCGAACGAAGGAAUCGACGGCGCGAAGAAGCACAUCAACUAUAUCCUUUCUGAUGAUGGCGGCGCUAUCUUCAUUGACGAAGCAUACCAACUCGUCUCAUCGAAAAACUCCAGUGGAAGCCAGGUCCUCGACUACCUUCUUGCCGAGAUGGAGAACAACGUCGGGAAGAUUGUGUUUAUCCUCGCCGGCUACAACAAAGAGAUGGAGGCCUUCUUCGAGCAUAACCCUGGUAUUCCCAGUCGUGUCCCGUACACGCUCACGUUCGUGGAUUACACGGAUCACGAGCUGAUGCACAUGUUCGAGGGCUACGUUGCGAAGAAGUACAGGGGCCGGAUGCAGAUCCAAGGCGGCUCCCGCGGAUUAUACACCCGCAUCGCGAUCAGGCGCCUUGCGCGCGGUCGAGGCAGGCCCGGCUUUGGCAACGCCCGAGCGAUGCAGAACAUGUUCUCCGCCAUUGCCGAGCGUCAAGCGAUACGAAUCGAGAGGGAGCGAACCCCUGACAACCCCGUCGACGAGAUGCUCUUCACCAUGGAGGAUAUGAUCGGCUCCAAUCCGUCGACUGCCGUCACCAGGAGCGAGGCGUGGAAGAAGCUCAAUAAGAUGAUCGGACUUGCUUCCGUCAAGCAGUCUGUCCAAGAGCUCGUGGACACCAUCGGCGAGAACUAUCACCGCGAGCUACUCGAGAAGAAACCGCUUCAGUUCAACUUGAAUCGCGUGUUCUUAGGGAGUCCAGGGACAGGUAAGACGACCGUGGCCAAGCUGUACGGGCAGGUUCUGGCCGACAUAGGCAUGCUCAGCAACGGCGAAGUGCUCAUGAAGAACCCGUCCGAUCUCAAGGGGCAAUACGUCGGACAGUCAGAGGCUCAUACGAAGGCAGUCUUGAGAAACGCGGUUGGCAAAGUUCUUGUCAUCGACGAGGCGUACAUGCUUUACAAGGGAAGUGGUGGAAAGGACGGCCUUUCCCACGGUGACAGCUUUACUACUUCUGUCAUCGACACUAUCGUCGCGGAGGUUCAAGGUGACCCUGGAGACGAUCGAUGCGUGCUCAUGUUGGGAUACGAAAGGGAAAUGCUGGAAAUGUUCAACAAUGUCAAUCCAGGUCUUGCCCGCCGUUUCCGCAUCGAGGAGGCCUUCCGUUUCAAAGACUUCGACGACACAGAGCUUCUACAGAUGUUGAACAUGAAGCUGAAGGAACAGGACUUGGACGCGACCGACGACGCCAAGCGGGUUGCCAUAGACUCUCUCGGGCGCGAGCGCAACCGUCCCAACUUCAGCAACGGUGGCGCUGUCGAGAACUUGCUCGGAGCCGCGAAAGCUCGCUAUCAAGCGCGUCAAGCGCAGCUAUCGCCCUUGGAGCGCACGUACAAUGUUGUCUUCCAGCCAGCAGACUUUGACCCCGAGUUCGACCGUGUUGCCAAAUCCGCCGCGAAUCUUGUUAAAGUCUUCGAGGACCUCGUUGACUCCAAUGAGGUUGUCGCGAAGUUGGAGCACUACCAGAAGGUCGCACGCUACAUGCGCGCGACAGGCAGGAAGCCUCGAGAAGCACGAGAUUUCAUCCCAACAACGUUCGUAUUCAAGGGACCUCCAGGUACCGGCAAGACGACCACGGCGAGGAAGAUGGGCCAGGUCUACUUCGAUAUGGGCAUGCUGUCAUCGCCGGAUGUCGUCGAGUGCUCUGCUUCAGACCUUGUGGGACAAUUCACCGGCCAUACUGGCCCCAAGGUUCGUCAGCAAUGUGAGAAGGCGCUCGGGAAGGUACUCUUCAUCGACGAAGCCUACCGACUUGGCCAAGGACGCUUUGCUAAGGAGGCCGUGGACGAGUUAGUCACUGUCCUCACACAAGACGCGUUUCAGGGCAAGUUCAUCGUUAUCCUCGCCGGCUAUGACAAGGAGAUGGAUCAGCUUAUGACUGUCAAUAUCGGGCUCGCAAGCCGCUUCCAAGAGGAAAUUCUGUUCGCACAUUUCUCACCGGAUCGUUGUCUCCGCAUCCUGGCCCAGGAGAUCAAGAAGGCUCAAGUACGGUCGCCUGAACUCGAACAGCCGUCUUCGCCAGAAGCUCAAGCCCUCGUCGAGGUAUUCGAGUCACUUUGUCGUCUAUCUAAUUGGGGCAACGCGCGCGAUGUCAUCACUCUGGCUAACAAGAUGGUCCGCGUGACAAUCCAUGAGGCCGAUCCGGACGACAUGAGCGGACCUCUGACUUUGCGCUGGUCUGACGCGCUAUCGUGUGCACAGACCAUGCUUAAGGAGAAACGUGAUCGCCUACUGUCGCAGUCGAAAGACUUCGGCGAGGUUGACGACGAUCUCCCCGAAAUGUCGGCCGAUCCGCCGCCGCCGCCGCCAGUAAGGACUCAAACAGCUUCAGCAUCCCAGGACCCGCCGCCGCGGCUGCCACCACCAGCUUCCCUGCAAUGGCAUGCAGCUACAUCGUCUCCGAGGCAUCCUGAGGCGCAGCGUCGAGGAAAGACCGCGGCAAGGCGUGAACGCGACCGCGUCCCGAAACAGCAACAAGAGCAACGCAAGAAGCGCGAAGCGGAGAUCCAGCGCAGGCUCCAGCGAAUGGGUUUGUGCGUUAUGGGUUACGAGUGGAUCGCAGAAAGUGGAGGUUACCGCUGCGCAGGUGGCACACACUUCGUCUCGAAUGCCGAGUUGGACAUAUGA